AUGGCAGCCGCUAGAGUGAUAACAACAGCUGCGUCAUCCGGCAGCCAAACAACGUCGUGUUUGUUCACAAGGCGACCAUUUCUUCUUCCGACGCGAAAAGUCUGCGGCUUUAACGGCCUCUGCUUCAACAAGAGAGCAGCCUUAGUGGUGAAAUCCAAGAGACCCUUCUCUUGCAAUGCCAUUUACAAUCCUCAGGUUCAGACGAUCCAAGAAGGCCAGUCCGAAACCCUAGAUUACAGAGUUUUCUUCCAAGAUGGAUCCGGCAAGAAGGUGUCUCCAUGGCAUGAUGUACCAUUGCAUUUGGGAGAUGGAGUUUUUCACUUUAUAGUGGAAAUUCCUAAAGAGUCACGUGCAAAAAUGGAGGUUGCUACUGAUGAAGCUUUCACUCCUAUUAAGCAAGACACUAAGAAAGGGAAACUCAGAUAUUAUCCUUACAACAUAAACUGGAACUAUGGAUUGCUUCCACAAACAUGGGAAGAUCCAACUCAAGCAAACUCUGAAGUUGAAGGUGCUUUCGGAGAUAAUGAUCCAGUUGAUGUUGUUGAGAUUGGUGAAAGUCAAAGGAAGUUAGGUGAGGUUCUAAAGGUGAAGCCUUUAGCUGCUUUGGCUAUGAUUGAUGAAGGAGAGCUGGAUUGGAAGAUUGUUGCGAUUUCUCUAGAUGAUCCGAAAGCUCAUCUCGUGAAUGAUGUUGAUGAUGUCGAGAAACAUUUCCCGGGUACUCUUACAGCCAUUAGAGACUGGUUUAGAGACUACAAGAUUCCAGAUGGCAAACCUGCUAACAGGUUUGGUCUUGGAAACAAACCAGCAAACAAAGAUUAUGCUUUGAAGAUCAUCCAUGAGACGAACGAAUCGUGGGCUAAACUUGUCAAGAGAUCAGUUUCUCCCGGUGAUCUUUCACUUUUCUGA